AUGUUUUCAACUGAGUCAAAUCCCCUGGAGAACUUAGAAGUUCGUGCCGAAACCUGCGUGGAGAGUACUUACGAACCAUUCCUUGAAGUCAAAUGGGACGAAGAACAAGACGAUUCCAUUGCUCGUUUAACAAUCACUCCUCCUCUUGAGGAAGACAAGUCAAGAAGUGUGACUUCAGAGCUCUCUUCUGGUAUGAUGGAAAAUCAUCGUUUCUUCAAACUUGUGACCCCGGGUCAACAAUAUCAAGUUGAGAUGACCAAAGUCGGAAUCAAAAACGUCGUCUCCGUCCCAAACAUGAGGAAAGUAGUUGUGCCACCUGAAGAGCCCGAGAAAAUCUCGAUUGGUUUAAUAACACAAAGUUCCGUCCAGUUGAAGCUCGCUGCGCCUAAAAAUGGAAUCUUUGAUUAUUUUUUCAUAACAAUCACUUCUGCUUUUGGAAAGACCGAACACAACACGACGAUUUCGGAUAAGGACUCUCUUGGUGGCCAAUUCUAUACGAUGGUCUUUGAUAACUUACUUCCUGGCGCUCAUUAUAAGAUAAAAACUUUUACAGUAUCAAAUGGAGUGAGCUCUCUUGCGGCUAAAGUUGAAUCUUGCUUUACUCUCAGUCCGACGAAACCAGUUUUAGAUCGCAAUCUUUUACUUUCCGGCUCUGGAGGAGUAUGCGUUCUUUCUUUCCUGGGCAAUGCUGUUCAAUGUUUGUCAAACAUUCGAUCCACAACUCCUGAUGAAAUUGGGGCUGUUCUCUACUAUGAAAACUGGGAGCCGAUCUCCAGAAUGACGAAUAAAUACAUGAUCUAUGCAAAGCCAAAAGACCGAAAAAUCCUUGUUACCGGAAUGAACGGAUAUCCUCACCUCACUCUUGUCGGAGAUUUAGAUAUGCCUUUUGGGCUUGCUCUUGACAAGUAUGGAGAGAAUUUAUAUUUUACUGAUCAGUGGACGUAUUCCAUCGGUGUUGCGUCUAUUUCGGCUGCUCUUCAGGGAAACGUUAAAGCGACGAAGCAAAUUAUUACCUCUAAUAAUGGAAUUCCACGAUUUAUUGCCGUCGAUCCUAUCCGCCGGCUUCUGUACUGGUCCUCUCGCGACGGCGUUCUCGAAAGUGUCUCGCGGUCGGACUUGAAUGGCAAAGGCCAGAGGAUGAUUUGGUUCAGCCUUGGUGAUACCGAUAUUGAUGGACUUUCCGUUGACUUGAAAACCGGGGACGUCUGCUGGAGGAACUCAUUGAUGAACAGGGUUGAGAAAAUCGACUCAAACGGCGAUAACUUUGAAAUAAUGGCUGAAGAUAUUAAAAGCAAGGCACUUUGGAGAGUAUUUUCUGCUUCGUUGUCCGAUGAAAAUAUGUUGUCAAUUAGCCAAACGCUUGGAAAAAUUGGUGAUAUUACCUGGGUUGACUUUUACAAUGCUCCGGAUUAUGCAGAGAUGAUGGUGAAGCUCAAACCAAAAAUGGACUUUCCAUGCGCCGUUGGCCUCUGUCAAGAUGACGUUUGCAUCCCGGACUCGAAGGAUGACGAGUACUGCUCCAAGUCCUGCCAGGUCUGGGAAGAAAUGUGCCCAAGAAGCAAACAAUGUAUCCCGAAAGAGUAUUUCUGUGAUGGGUUCGUCGAUUGCCAGUAUGGAGAGGAUGAAGACUUGGAAUUUCUAGGAUUCGAAUGCCCGCAAAAGCCAAAAUGCACAGAAGAUGAUGAUUUUGUUUGUGAUGUGACUAAAAGAUGCAUAAGCAAAAGUCUUGUCUGCGAUGGCAAGUUUGACUGCCGCGAUGGUUCUGACGAGCAAAACUGUCUAGAUUUUUCGUCAAAUUGCACAUUUCAAGACGGCCUCUGCACAUGGAACUUCGGAGAGAGUUCCAUCAACUGGAAGCUAACAGAUGAGCCUUCUCCAUCCAAAGAAACUGGGCCAUUUUCCGUCGAUGAAAACAAUCGCUAUCUUCUAUUCGAAGCUUCGGAAAUCAACGAAGACGAUGAGUCCGAGUUGGUUUCUAGCGUUAUCAGUCAAACUGUGUGCCUCUCUUUCAAGUAUAUGAUGAAUGGAGCACAAAUGGGAGAACUGAAAGUGGAACGUCGUGACGAAGUUGAUUCUGUCGAGUCUAUCGUUUGGCAGAAAUCAGGAGACCAGGGCCAGUCGUGGAUGGAGUCUGAAAUAAGCGUGAUACCAUCGAAUGGUCCUUUCCAAAUUGUUCUUACAGCGGUCAGAGGGCGGACAUUCUCUUCGGAUAUUGCAAUUGACGACAUAAGAAUUAAAAACGGGAUAUGUGAGGCAAAAACGAAGUGUACAUUCGGAGCCAAAGAAGAUUGCGGUAUUCAGUUUCCAGAUACGCAGGAGAGCUUCUUUUCCUGGGUAGCUGAUUUUGCUAAGAUAAUACCACCUAGACUUUCGAAGACAAAUUCAAUCGUCUCGCCAGAUUGGCAGACUGGAAACAUAGAAGACUCAGACUGGCGCAUCUUUGAUUUUCACGAAGAUGAUGUAGAUGUAUGCGGUGGUUGUGGAACGGGCAAGAAUCCGAAGUUCAUCAAACGGCAUAAUUCUGUUUGGAUUGGCGUUGUCAGAUGUCCAGAGAAUGCCGAUGAGUUCAAAAUAUACAUUUCUGACAGUCGCGAAGGAGUCUAUCGACACAUUCAAUUCCCUCAUCAUACCGACAUUUGUGAAAUCUUAGGAGGUCGCGCGAAUGUUCGAUCAUAUGCAGUUACUGUAUUUUGCCCAGUGGAACUCGCGUACAAGCAGCAUUCUGAUGGAAGCUUCAGAGAAGUGAAUAGUUUCGCAAGCAGCUAUGCAAAGGAUAAAGUCAGAUGUUCUAGGCUGAUGAAGGCUAUUUUAUUGAUUCGUUCAAUUAACCCUAAAAAUCUCACUAUCUAUAAAUUUUUGACCACUGAGAAAGUUGGAUAUGACUUGACAUUCAUUGCAAUUAUGCCCGAGCGAAAGUCCGGCGCUGCAUUGGUCGACGAUAUUACGAUCGACCAAAAAAGUUGCUUUGUUCGACAAAACAAGUGCGAUUUCAACUCAAUAGCGGACAUUGAAAACUGUUUCUUCCAUCUAAAUGAAGGUUCACUGACCAUCGAGCAUCAACACCGUCUCUACGAGAAAUCUCCAUUUGAUCCGGAAUUACUUGCUCCUGUUCUUAAACCAGGAUAUACAAUCACUUUGAAAUCAGAAAAUCAAUGGAACAGCAUUUAUGAGUCCGACGAGUUCUUCAUCGGCAAGCCCUUUUACGACGAGUAUUGCGUUCUAUUCCGCUAUCGACAACGCGUUUCUGGCGAGAUUAAGGUUAAUUUACUCAUCGAUGGAUACGAAAAAGCGCUUUUCCACAAGUUUGAACGUCCGAAUCCGCACAAGAUCUAUCCAUGGGUCGACGUGGCAAUCGAUGUUAAACUUGACGAUGAGAAGUUUCCACUGGGCGCCAUGGCCAAGAUCCAGUACAAGGGGCUCUACGAAACUUAUCUGUCUAGGAUCGAACUUCAAAAUGGCGCCUGUCCAGCUACGAACUGUAACGGAAAAUUAUCCUGCGUAAGUGAUCGGAAACAGUGCGUCGAGCCAUAUCAAUUAUGCGACACGGACAAUGACUGCGACGACUGGUCAGAUGAAAUGGGCUGCGCAAGUGGCUGUGGAGACCAGUCGGAACACUUCGAGACUAAAGGAAGUCUAGGAGCAAAGCCUGGACGAUCCUCGUGUUUGUGGCGAAUCCAUGGAAGACCGGGCAAGAAAAUCGCUGUGAAGGUCACAAUGUUUGGCGAUCUUGAUCAGAUCAAAUUCAUGACAAUGUUCGAAGGAUUGAAAACGCUUGAUUCUUAUUACGGCGGAGUUUCUGUCGAUUUGGAGCAGGGUAUAAAUGGCACUGUCGUCAAAGAAUAUCUCUUGAACAGCAACGAAGCCACUAUAAUCGUUGAUUUUAAUUUGGUCUUGAUUACUGCCGACGGUCAGAUAAAUGCUAUGCCGCUCAUUUCGUACGAGCAAGUCGAUGAUUCAUAUUGCUCGUUUGUUUGCAAGAACGGCGAAUGCCUUCACGACAACUACCAAUGUGACGGAAACCCUGGAUGCUUGGCUGAAGACGACGAGCUUGACUGCGUUCGCGAGAACCAAGUCGACGGGUUUAACGUUGCAGAGGUUCGACAAAUCGAUGGAAGCUGGGCACAAGUCUGCGCUGACAAAAACUUCACAAGAAAGAUAGCUAAUCGACUCUGCUAUCAAAUGGGCUUCUGGGCGGCUUCAUCUUUUAAUUAUGAGAACUUGGUUUCUCCAUACAACAACAAUUUUGUUGUCGCGUUACCUGAAACUGAUGACCUUGCUGGAGAUUACUGGGUUCAGGGCAAACUUGUGGCAGGAACAUGUCCAGGGAGAAAGGUCUGGACAGUAGAUUGUGCCAGCUACGCUUGCGGCAAACGACAAGUCAACACUCGCCCUGUAACCCGCAUUGUUGGUGGGUCAAAGACUUAUCUUGGCAAGUGGCCCUGGAUGGCGUCCUUUCAAAUUCGAAAUGUUCAUAACUGUGGUGGCGCGAUCAUAAGCGAUUCACUCGUUCUCACUGCAGGACAUUGCUUCGAUAAGAAUUUACCCAAAGUUCAUACCAUCCUCGUUGGUGGUAACAAUCACAAAUCUCCUGAGAUUAUUCGUCGUGGUGUGAAACAAGCUUAUAUUCAUCCAGAGUACUACCCUGAUUCGAACGUACCGAAUCACGAUAUUGCAAUUGUUCAGCUGGAUAGAAAACUCUCUUUUUCGAAAUAUCUUCAGCCGAUAUGCCUCCCAACGUUGAAAUUCGUUCAUGGUCCAGGAAAUCUUUGUAAUUUAGCUGGUUGGGGAAAGCUCUCAAAGGAUAAUGUGAAUGGGUUCCCGAGUAUCAUGUACGAUGUCUCUUCGCCCAUUAUUCCCAAUUCGAAAUGCGGUGUUGGGGAGUACUCGCAUGUUGAUUUUGCUCGAAACGGCUCACCCAUUACAGACAAUCAGUUGUGUGCUGGAAAGAUGGACACCGGCGGUGUCGGAAUCUGUCAUGGUGACAGUGGCGGGCCUCUAAUGUGCGAAAACAACGGAACCUUCUACCUAACAGGAAUCGUUAGUUGGUCAAGCGGGUGUGCGGAGAAGAAUGCUCCUGAUGUAUUGACCAGGGUUGAUAAAUAUUUGGACUGGAUUGUGGAAACGACGAAUUUCCAGACAGAUACCGAACCAUCUGAACUGACUGCCCGUAAACCGGAGAGUACAAUAUGUAGUGGUGCAGUUGUCGCACGCGGACGUUCCGGUUUUAUCCAGUCAGACGGCUGGCCAAAUGAAUAUGGACCGGAUAUUGACUGCACGGUAAAAAUCAUGAGGCAAUCUGCACGUGUGAUUGAGCUCUCUCCGCUGUAUUUUGCUUUGCCUAAAGAGGAAACAAGAAGCAGACUCCGUAUUUAUGCCGGUGAAGUUCAGCCAGAUAAUCUUAUUCAAUCUUACUCGGGAAUCGGACACUUCGACGAUGCAGCAUUCAGUCAAAAUCUUUAUAUAAACGACUCUGAUAUAACCAUCAGAUUCACGUCUGGUACUCAUAAGCUCUGGCAUAUUUGGGCUGGUUUCCAAAUUCAGUACCGUCUUCUCGAUGAAAUGCCGAUGGAAGAUACGCAAAUAAGACUUGACUCCCAGUGUGGUGGUCCUCUCCUAGACGAGCCUUUCUAUUUCGAAUGGGGAACAUCUAUGAAAAACGUUGCCGAGAGCAAAUGUCUUUGGACUAUACCGAAAGCUGCAGAUGGGUAUAUUACGUUGAUAGAAUUUACUGAGUUCGACAUCCCAGCUGACGUCGGCCUCUUCCAUAUAUAUUUUGACAAGAUGUUACCAAAUAACUUCUAUGCUUCAUAUUCUGGGUCUGAGCUUCCGCCACCGAUUGAGACAAGUUCUCAGGUCAUCAUUCAAUUCGUCGGGCUGACUGAAGUAGAGGCUUACUUCCGCAUCGAUGUGGUCUAUCAGCAGCGACGAAGUCACGCAUUGGCGAGUGAAGUUGUCGGCAGCUGCGGCGGGAAACUAGGCCCUACUUCCGGUUAUAUAGCUAGCCCAAGCUGGCCGAAUCCCUACCCAGGGCAUCAGGAAUGUAUUUGGAUGAUAGAUGCGAAGGCGCAUCAACGAGUGGUCCUCGAGUUCGAAACAUUGGAUCUUGAGUUCGAAUACGACGAUUUAGACGUUACAGAUUCACUGGGAACAAUUCGAAUCGGCCGUGAAUACGCUCCUGGCCUUCAAAUGUACGGAGCGCCGGAGCCGGUAUUUGACGGAGCAGUGACUAUUCGCUUCUCCACCGAUCAAGACAUCAAUUACACGAAUAAACAUCUUGGCUUUCUGCUGUACUUCCGCGUUGAAGAUUACGUCAUCGAUAAUUCUAAUGAGUUUGAUUCAUCCUUCAUGUAUUCCACCAGUACCAAUGCUCCGUCCACUUAUACAACCGCUGCGGAAAAUCUUGUGCCGAGCUACAAUGCGACGUGUCCUUAUACAUCUGAUAUUCGAAAUGGAGUUCUUGUUCUAAAAUCCCCCGGAUUUCCAAAUGGUUAUCCGACAAAUGCCGAUUGUAUCUGGGAGAUUGGAAUAAGCAAUGAGGAACUAAUGAUGGAACUUGACGUCAAACAGUUUCAUGUUGAAGAAUCAAACGAGUGCCAAUUCGAUUCUCUCUCGAUUUCCGAGGGAAACAAUGGCUGGGGCAUGAAACUUUGUGGCGCUUUGGGCAAAGAAGUCCCGAGUCGACUUGAAGUCAGAAGCACAAAAGCGCGUCUGCACUUUUUGUCGGACAACGUGCACGGCUACGAGGGGUUCGAAAUUCACGUGCUGCUUAUACAACGACCUCCAACAACGCCAAUGCCAGCGAAUGUUCUUUUCACCUGCAAUUUCGACUUUGACAUGUGCGACUUUCACAAUGGUAUUGGCAACACUGCCGAGUGGAUUCGAAUGCGGGAUGGAACCCCAUCCUCAGAGACUGGCCCUCCAUACGACGUUUCCCUUACUGGCUAUUAUAUUUAUUUCGAAGCGACAGACAAGAACGAAGGCAGCCUUGGUCGAGUAUUCACGCCCACUAUUGAUUAUUUCGGAGAAGCGGACAAUGUUAAUCUUGAUCUGGAUCCUCACUGUAUUCAGUUUUAUUUCGAUAUGUAUGGCAGCGAUAUGGGCACGCUGAGACUGUUUCUCGUGAAUGAAGAAUAUGAAGGCAGACGGAAAAGUUUACUCUGGGAGCAGCAUGGGCAACAGCGAGUCGAAGAAGAAGAAGAGCCAUGGGAGCAAGUGUCUCUUACGUUCUAUCCGUACACCAAAUUCAAUCUCGUCUGGGAAGCCGAGGCGGGCGCCGGAUAUAGAAGCGACAUGGCCUUAGACCAAAUUAAAAUUUCUCAAGGAAAAUGCCGAGAUUGUACGGGAGACGGUCUAUUCGACUGCGAGGAUGACGCCUUUACGUGUAUCUUAUCUGAGUUCCGCUGCGAUGGCUACUCCGACUGCCCAAAUUCAGCGGACGAGGAAAACUGUUUGUCUGAAGAAUCUAAAGAAGUUUAUGAAACUUUUUGUGAGGAUAAAUCGUACAAGAAUCUCGCCGCUUGUCGAGAAGACAACUAUGUUAAUUUCUGCGAUGGCGAGGAGACUCAAAAAUUAUGCGAUGGAAAGUGGGAUUGUCGAUACGGCGCCGAUGAGGCUGGCUGCUCUACAGUCACAGAAUCGCCGGUUUGUGGGCUCCCUGAUCCUGAACCAAGAUCUAUGGGUUGGGCUAUUGGAAGGGCAAGAUUCAUGAAUGUUCAAUAUAGAUGGGCUUGGACUGCAUCUCUUCACUUCAAUAGUAAGUUUGAAUGCUCGGUUCAUAUGGUCGCAAAAGACUGGUACAUCACCUCCGCUAGAUGUGUUCAAAAAGGAGUAACAAGGACAAAAUCGAAAACGUCAUGGAUGUCUUAUGGAGGCUGUCAAGAGGAAAACGAUGAUGAGUACGAUAUAAACGUCACGACGAAAGACUUCAGCAUAGAACACUUUUCCGUUCAAGGCGACUUGGUAAUUCAACGAGUAACGCAAAUUAUCCUGCAUAAUUCCGAUCUCGAGGAUCAUGGCAAUAUGGCUUUAAUUGGAAUUGAAAGCUCGGAGGAGAUCAUGCAGUAUCCAGUUUGUUUCGAUUUUGAUGAAACGCAUCGAUUUGACUUUGCUUUGGAGAAGCCGCAUCUUUGCCAACUUGUUGGGCAUAGAAGAGAUCUGCUCGGGGAUACGUUUACGAAAUGGCAGAGCAUGGUUCCAGUAACAUCAAGCGACGAAGACGUGCUCAAAGCUGGUUACAGAAUGCUCCUUGUCCAGCCAUUUCACGAUGACCACGGCACUGGACUCUUUUGUCAGUCGUGGAAUCAAAAAUGGCACUUGAUUGGAAUAACGCAACCAAAUGACGGUGACAUAGAAGGACGCUCUGCGACUUGGCCAAGUAUGAGGGCUGGACUCAAUGUUGUCUCGGAUAUUCAGGGUCUCACGAAAUGGGUUCAACAAGAAUGCCCUGGACAAUUCUUGUGUAAAAAAGAUCGGGUUUGUAUCGACCGGAAGAACGUCUGCAACGGCCAAGUCGACUGCUCGGACGGAACCGAUGAGCGGGAAUGUGACUCGGGGUGUGGCGGCAGUUCUUGGAUUGAAAAAAUAGGAACAUCAGUAUCCGUAUCAACAGAUGUUACAAAAUGCCGUUGGAUCAUUCCGUCUUCACCAAAUUCCAUCAAUAUCAUUCGAAUAGACAAGCUUGUUUCCGACCGGAAAUUCAAAGUCUCAACAUUUGACUCCAUCAACCACACAUGGCUUGUCUACAAGACCGUGCCGAAGUAUUUUUCGUCGUCGCCAGGCGGUACGCUGACUCUUCAAAUCGAUAUGGAAACGGAGAACUCUUUGCUCGACAUGAGAUUCGAAAGCUUCCGCGAAGAAAUCGCUGUCGAUGGAGUCUAUCCAUGCGAGGGUCAGUUCAAGUGCAAGUCCACAGGAAUGCGCCAAGUUUAUUGCAUCUCGCCGGAAUUUGUCUGCAAUGGUAUCAAUGAUUGCGCGGACGGAGAAGACGAAGAAAACUGUGAGAGCAUCCUCGAAUGUGGCAGUCCAAAAUUUCAAACUGCGCUCGCAACUCCAAGAUUCUUAUUUUCCGAAAAUCACCCUCAGAGCUGGACAGGACAAGGAAAAUGCAUCUACAAAAUUGAUUCUCCCGAUGGCAAGCCAAUCACCCUUGAUUUCGAAGAGUUCAGGUCGGACCCCUCUGAUGUCGUGCGAAUCUUUGCCGGCUUUGGCUGCUCAAAACGUCAAAUUGGCGAGCAUUCGGGCGACCAACCAUAUUUGCUCAAUACCAAGGAAACUUCAAUAUCUAUAGAAUGGAAUUACACCGACAAUAUUCACAUACGACGCUACGCUCUCAAGUUUUUUACGAAACAAUAA